AUGUCGAAACGCGCGCACCCUCAUGAUGCUCAUCCAAGCGACCACUCAGCAAUCUACAAUGAGGACCUAAAACAUCCUUCGCCAAAGCGUGCAAAGCAGAUUGACGAGCAUUCACCUUUUAAAUCACUCGAGAAGGCCAUUUCCGAGCAGAAGACUGAUCACGCAGUUCGAAAUGUGUUGCAUUGGUUCAGAUCCAAGGAUGUACGAGCAGACGAUAAUCGCGCACUCCACGCUGCGUCGCAAAAGGCAAAAGAGGGAGAUGGAGCCCUGAUCACCAUGUAUCUGUACAGCCCAAAAGAUCUGGAGUGGCAUGGUACCAGCCCUGCUAGGUCCGACUUUUUGCUGGAAUCGCUUUCGUUGUUGCAGAAGCAGUUGCGCGAGAAGAAUAUCCCAAUGGCUGUUGUGACGGCUGAAGAGAGGGCAGACAAGACGGACAAGGUCAUCGAGUUCAUCAAGGAGAACGACAUCUCCCACGUCUACGGAAAUUACGAGUACGAAAUUGAUGAGAUACACCGUGAUAUCAAGGUCGCACACCACAUUCAAGAAGAGAAGGACGUCUCAAUCGAGCUAUUACAUGAUCAGACAGUCCUUGAACCAGGCCUGCUUGUGACAGGCAGCGGAACGCCUAUGAAGGUCUUUACACCCUACCACAAAGCCUGGCUGGCAGAAACAAAGAAGAACCCUGAGCACCUUGAUCUCGUGGGUCCCCCUGAAGCCAACGACACGUCCGCCGUCGAUAAACUCAAGAAGCUCUUCGAUUCCAAGAUGCCCUCUCUACCAGAAAACAAGGACUUCACCAGCGACGAGGAAAGGAAACGCAUUCGUGAACUCUGGCCAGCAGGCCAUGAAGCAGGCAUGAAACGUCUUCAAUACUUCCUCAAUGAGAAGGUCUCAGGCUAUGCCAGUCAUCGCUCCGAGCCAGCCAGAGACCCAUCAUCACGCCUAUCGGCCUACUUCUCGGCUGGCGUUAUCAGCGUACGUGAAGCGCUUGCUGCUGCAAAGAAACACAACAACAACAAGCACUUUGACGAGGGAGACCCUGGCAUCGCCUCCUGGGUCCGCGAAAUCGUCUUCAGAGAGUUCUACCGUCAAGUUCUCGUUACCAUUCCUCAUAACGCCAUGAACUUACCCCAGAACCUCAAGUUCGACUAUGUGCACUGGGAAGACGAUGAAGAAGGUUGGGAGAAGUGGUGUCAAGGCAAAACCGGUGUCCCCUGGGUAGAUGCCGGCAUGAGACAACUAAAUACAGAAGCCUACAUGCACAAUAGAUUGCGCAUGAACACCGCUUCUUACCUCACAGCAAACCUGUUAAUCGACUAUCGUCGCGGAGAAAGAUAUUUCGCCACACAUCUGAUCGAUUGGGACCUUUCCAACAACACACAAGGCUGGGAACCCAGCUACACAGUCUUCAAUCCCAUUAGUCAGGCUGAGAAAUGCGAUCCCCACGGCGACUAUAUCAGAAAAUGGGUGCCUGAACUAAAGGAUUUGAAGGGCAAGGAUAUUUUUGAUCCGUAUCACAGGUUGAGCAAAGAAGAGUUUGAGAAAUUGGGUUACCCGAAACCGCAUGUGGAUUUCACGGAGAGUAAGAAUAGGGCUGUUGAGAGAUUCAAGAAGGAUUUGCAUGAAGCUGAUAUUUAG